AUGUUUUCUUUCGUUAUUUCUUUCUCCAUUUUUUCUUACUUUCUCUUGCUUUCUUUCUUUUUCUUCUUCUUCUAUUUAUUCUUUUUCCUCUCACCCUCCAAUCUCUCUUCUCGUUCUGAAUGUCUUUUUUCCUCCUUUUGCUUCCAUUUCCUUCUUUUAUUCAUUAUUCUUCUUUCAUCCCAAAAUCUCAUUCAUAUCGCUGACUUAUUCACUUAUUCCCCACUCCAGUCUCUGUUUUUGUAUUUGUUGACUUCCUCAAAUCUCCAGCGCCUCCAUCGAUCGCGUUUUCCCCCUGGCCACGGUUUAAGAGAGAAAUUCCAUCUUAUCGAUUACCCCUCAACACCCACCCUCGUGCCUCCCAAAAUGAAUCCUCUCAGCCGUCAGGAACUCUUUCCUUAUUUUUACUUUCUUUUCUUUCUUUACUUUUUUUCCUUCCAUUUUUCUUUCCUUCCAUUUUUCUUUCUUAUUUUCUUUUUUCUUUUCUUUUAUUCUUUUCUUUCUUUCCAAAUUUUCUUUCUUUCUUUUAUUAUUUCCUUUCAUUCCUUCUUACUUUUUUUUUAUUUCUUUCUCCUUUUUCGUUCUUCUCUUUCUAAAUUUCUUUUAAUGUUCUAUUUUUUCGUAAUUUUUUCUUUUCUUUUUUUUCCUUUCUUUUUUUAUAACUUUCUUUUUUCUUUGCUUUUAUUCUUGGAAAAAUUACAUAUCGUGAACACUUUUGUUCUUUUUUCUUUCCUUUCUUUUUCUUUCCUUUCUUUUUCUUUCCUUUCUUUCUUUCUGCUUUGCUUUCUUUCUUUCUUUCCUUUCAUUCCUUCUUUCUUUUUUGUUUCCUUUUUUUCUAACUUUCUCCUUUCAUUUUUCUUUCUUUCUAUCUUUUUUCUUUAUUUUUAUUUUUUUAAUUUUCCUUCUUUCUUUCUUUCCUUUUCGUUUCUUUCCUUUCAUUCUAUCUUUCUUUUUUCAUUCUUUCUCUCUUUUUCUUUCUUUUCUAACAUUCUAGCAUUUUCAUUUCUAGCUUUCUUUUUAUUUUUUCUUUCCUCUCUUUCUUUCUUUCUAACAUUUUUUAUUUCAUUUUUCUUUCCUUUUUCUAUUCUAUUCUUUCUUUGUUUCUUUCUUUUAUCUUUACUUAUAUUCUUUCCUUUCUUUCUUUCUUUCUUUCUAUUUUCUUUCUUUUAA